AAGACUGGCACUUUUCUCCGCGAGCCUCCGGUUCUCCCAAAUCCCGGAGCACUUAGCACAACACCUAGCAUAUGGCUGGUGCUCAAUAAGUGCUUUUUUGACUGACUGGCGCCUGGUAUCGUCAUUCCAGGUCUUCCGGGCAGGAUCACCCUCGGAAAUACAGUGCUCCCGCUCCCUGUCCAGCCCUUCUCUGGAGCAGUCCAGAAGAGGAAUGUGUUGUUGGAAUUCUCUUGCAUUCCAGCAGAAACUGGCUAUCCUCCCCUCCCUACGCUGCAGAGCUGAACUGUGUGUCGGCAGAGAACCGAGUUUCAGUGAGUCUUGAUUUCUCUGCGACGAGAGCGUAGCGAGGUCCCCUACCCCACUACAAACACACACACACACACACACACACACACACACACACACACACACAGACACACACAGACACACCCUCACACGGUAACAUACGUGCACACACCACCGGCCCCGCCCCUUAGCUGGGUCUGUGAAGUCCCCCCUUCCACCCCUCCGAGAGGCGAGGGGUCUCUCGAGUUUCAGUAGGAGGGGUCGACUGCUCCCCUAGCCCCCGAGUUAAAUGCGACCUACGCUGCCACUCCCUUCAACCUCGACCCGGGGGAAGUAGCCCACUUGCUUCCCUACCUGUUCCAGCAGGACAAGGGGCUCGGAAAGUCUGUUUCGUCUUGUCUCUGAUUCUCGGAGCUCUCUAGCCUGCCCAGGUUACGUCUCAGCUUCUUUUUUGAACACCCUUUGUAAGCACCAUGAGGCUAACUCGCUAUGCACUGUUGCUUAUCCUUUUACUGGUUUCUGUGAAUGCUGAACAGCAAGCUGCUCCAGCAGGCUCGAAGUGCAGGACAGGACCCCUGGACUUGGUAUUCCUGAUAGACAGCUCCCGUAGUGUGCGUCCUUUUGAAUUUGAAACAAUGCGUCGUUUCUUGGUGAACAUUAUUAGGGGUCUAGACAUUGGUCCCAAUGCCACCCGCGUUGGCGUGAUCCAGUACUCAAGUCAGGUGCAGAGCGUCUUCCCUCUGGGAGCUUUCUUCCAAAGAGAGGACAUGGAACGUGCCAUCCAUGCCAUUGUCCCCCUGGCACAGGGCACCAUGACGGGCCUGGCCAUUCAGUAUACCAUGAAUGUAGCCUUCAGCGUCGCCGAGGGUGCUCGCCCUUUGCAGGCCCAGGUGCCUCGUGUCGCUGUUAUAGUGACUGAUGGACGUCCGCAGGACCGGGUAGCCGAAGUGGCUGCCCAGGCAAGGAAUAGGGGUAUAGAGAUAUAUGCAGUAGGAGUACAGCGCGCUGACGUGGGGUCCCUGCGCGCUAUGGCAUCACCUCCGCUGGAUGAGCAUGUUUUCCUCGUUGAGUCCUUCGACCUUAUACAACAGUUCGGCUUCCAUUUUCAAGGUCGAUUGUGCGGCGAGGACCUGUGCACAGACGGGACUCAUGGCUGCCAGCAACUGUGCGUCAGCACACCAGGCUCCUUUCACUGUGCCUGCAACCCCGGUUACCGUCUGGCUCUGAAUAACAAGAGCUGCUCUGUCAUUGAUCAUUGUGAGGAAGGGACCCACGGCUGUGAGCACCUCUGUAUCAAAUCCGACGGCUCAUACACCUGCGGCUGCCGAAAGGGCUAUGCCCUCCACUUGGAUCAGAGGCACUGCACCGUGAUUGAUCACUGCAGCUUUGGAAAUCACAGCUGCCAGCACGAGUGUGUCAGUUUUCCAGAGGGACCUCGCUGCCGUUGCCGCCAAGGCUUUGACCUGCAGCCGGAUGGCAGGCGCUGUCAGCCCCGAGACUACUGCAAUGGCAUAGACCACGGUUGCGAGUUUCAAUGCGUGAGUUCGGGAAGCUCUUACCGUUGCAUUUGCCCCGAGGGCCGGCAGCUCCAGGCUGAUGGGAAGAGCUGUGACAGGUGCCGAGCGGGCCAUGUCGAUCUGGUUCUGGUAAUCGAUGGCUCGAAGAGCGUCCGACCCCAGAACUUCGAGCUGGUGAAGCGUUUCGUGAACCAGAUAGUGGACUUCCUGGACGUGUCCCCUGAGGGAACACGUGUGGGGCUGGUGCAGUAUUCGAGCCGCGUGCGCACAGAGUUUCCUCUGGGUCGCUAUGGAACCGCAGACGAGGUGAAGCAAGCUGUCCUGGCUGUGGAAUAUAUGGAGAAAGGCACCAUGACCGGGUUGGCGCUGCGCCACCUGGUCGAACACAGCUUCUCCGAGACUCAGGGAGCUCGGCCCCGAGCCCAGAAUGUACCACGCGUCGGUCUAGUCUUUACCGAUGGCCGCUCCCAGGAUGACAUCUCAGUCUGGGCCGCCAGGGCCAAGGAGGAGGGCAUCAUCAUGUUCGCGGUGGGGGUAGGCAAGGCGGUGGAGGAGGAACUGAAGGAGAUCGCAUCAGAUCCCCCAGAGCAGCAUGUUUCCUAUUCGCCUGACUUUAGCACUAUGGCACAUCUGCUGGAGAACCUGAAAGUCAACAUUUGUCCUGAGGAGGGGAAAGGGGUCACUGAGCUGCGCAGCCCUUGCGACUGCGAGAGCAUCGUGGAGUUUCAAGGCAGUGCUCUAGCAGCGCUGGGGAGUUUGGAGCAGAAACUGACCCAGCUGACGGCUCGAUUGGAGGACCUGGAGAAUCAGUUGGCCAACCAGAAGUAAGGGUCGGCAGCAGCUCGGACCCAGGCCUGCUUUAUAGCCUCUCUUCUGUCUUUCCCCACCCAUCCGGGGGACUAGGCCAUUUGUGCCGGCAGCCUCCACAAAUGGGCUAGCGCGCUAGAAAAGCACCGGAGGCCUGUGUCGCUCCCGCACACUUCAAUGAGACUCAGGCUGGCAGAGAGCGGCGCAGGCUUCACCUACAAAAAGCUUGGGUUAGCCGCAAUUUCGGCGUCGGAACUCCGAUGACAGUAUCCCCUGGCAGGGGCCCAGACCCAGGCCCUUCCAUUCACUGUGUAUUUAUGUAUUAUUGGGGGGUUUUUUCCUAUUUUUUU